ACGCUCCCAUCCACCCAACAUUUCCUCGAUCGCAUAUCAUCAUGAAGUACUCCUUCACUAUUCCCGUACUUGCGACUCUCCUCCUUUCCGUUUUCGCCACUCCGGCUGCCGUUCCGGAAGCUAAUGGGCUAGAAUCCAGGGCCGUUGUCUCUUGUACAGCCAAUGGUGGCCCCGUUUCCAGUUGUUGCACCGGGAGUUUGACUCGAUACGGAUGUCCUCACACUGAUACCAAUGCCUGCACUAAGGCUGGUACUACGCCUUGCGGCUCUAUUGUGCAGAUCUACUGUUACUUGUUCGGAGAAGCUGUGAAUGGGAACUCGAUGUGGUUCCGUCUCAAUCCUAGCUCGAAUGGCAUGAUGCCUGCAUCUUUCUUUUCUUCUUGUUCUGGGAUUUCUCCGUGCUAGAUAAAGUUCGAAACCAUUGCGCUGGUUGAUGGUAAUGGAAGUUACUCGCGGAUUUUAGGAGUAUGGAAAAGAUCAAGACAUCUAGAAACUAUUAUAAGCUCGCUUAAGGGGUUCGGGGCCCUGAUCAAUCCUAUCCACCUAACUUUUGAUCGCGAUAUCAUCCCACACAACACGUUUAUCAUGGAUAUAAAGGACAGAACGAUUGAAGCUGCAAUUCAUAGGAUUCAUUUAGGCA